GAGCAUCACCUUAAUGUGUCACUUCGAUUUCCACCACUACCCUCACGACAAGCAGAAGUGUGAAAUGCUGAUACAGAGCCUGUCUUACAAGUCCCAUCUGGUGAGGUUUGCCUGGUGCGAGAGCUGGGCACAACCGAAGAACAAACUGGAUAAGGAUAUUUUUUCACUUCCACACUUCACACUGGCUAAAUAUGACCAUGAACCUUGUAACACGGACAUCCCCUGUGUGAAGGCUGUGUUCCUGCUAGUGCGCCACCCAGACUUCCAUAUCCUCCACACUUACGUUCCCACAGUGCUUAUCGUCAUUCUCUCCUGGAUGAGCUUCUGGAUCGCUCCUGAUGCUACUCCAGCACGUGUGACCUUGGGAGUGACCUCAAUCCUCACCAUGGCCACCCAGUACUCACAAUCCACCAAAAACUUGCCACCAGUAUCCUACAUCAAGAGCCUGGAUAUAUGGAUGAUAACCUGUAUGGUGUAUGUGUUUAUGGCCCUCCUUGAGUUUGCCAUAGUAUAUCACGUACACUAUAGGAGAACACAGGCGCCUCCUCCCUCGCCCCCGCCCAGACGCCCCGCCGCCAUCAAUGCUACUCUACAUCAGACUCUCACGCUGGACAGGCCCGGGGUGAAGUCCUGGGCUGUAGGUUGGCGGGAGUUCUGGCGGGGCGACACAGCGAUCGACGAAGCUUCCCGCGUGUUUUUCCCUCUGACUUACUUCAGUUUCGUUGUCGGCUACUUUGUGCUUCUGACUGGCGGGCAAGAGGGAGGCAGUGGCAGUGAUGGAGGUGGCGGGCUGUAUACGUAGUGGUGGUGCUGGUGGUGGUGGUGGUGUUAUAUAUACAUAGGUGGUUUUUCGGUGUAUUUUCUUGAUGUUGACCUUGUUUAAAUAGGGUGUUGUAGCGGUGUGGGUUGUAGUGUUUAAGUGGGUGUGUAUAUGUGUGUGUGUACUGAUACUGCUACUUCUGCUACUGUUACUUCUACUACUACUACU